CGCGCCGUCCAGACCCAAACACUGCGCCCACGUGAGCCGCGCCGCGUCACGUGACCGGCGGCACACCCGGUGGGCGUCACGUGAGGCACUCGGUUUUCCUCCAAUCGCCGCCCAUCCUGCCGGGGGAUUCCACUCGGGACCCCGCCGAGGCCGUGGAAGAAGACCUUACAGGCCCCCGCCAGCCCGACGGGCCCUAUUUCCGCGCUCGCACCCACCCGGGCGGCAGAAAGCCUCGUCUUGGCUCCUCUCCCCCAGGACGGCCUCGUCGGGCCGGGCCCGGGCCUCGGGACGCGGCCCCGCCCGGAAGUGACGUCGGCCAGCGGGGCCGGAAGUGGCAGUGGAGGGAGGGAAGAUGGCGGAGGUGGGCGAGAUCAUCGAGGGCUGCCGCCUGCCCGUGCUGCGGCGGAACCAGGACAACGAAGAUGAGUGGCCCCUGGCCGAGAUCCUGAGCGUGAAGGACAUCAGUGGCAGGAAGCUUUUCUACGUGCAUUACAUUGACUUCAACAAGCGCCUGGAUGAAUGGGUGACCCAUGAGCGGCUGGACCUGCAGAAGAUCCAGUUCCCUAAGAAAGAGGCCAAGACCCCCACCAAGAACGGACUCCCUGGGUCCCGCCCCGGAUCUCCGGAGAGAGAGGUGCCGGCCUCCGCUCAGGCCAGCGGGAAGACUUUGCCAAUCCCGGUCCAGAUCACACUCCGCUUCAACCUGCCCAAGGAGCGGGAGGUCAUUCCCGGUGGCGAGCCGGACCAGCCGCUCUCCUCCAGCUCCUGCCUGCAGCCCAACCACCGCUCCACGAAACGGAAGGUGGAGGUGGUUUCCCCAGCGACCCCGGUGCCCAGCGAGACAGCCCCAGCUUCGGUGUUUCCCCAGAAUGGCUCCGCCCGGAGGGCAGUGGCUGCCCAGCCGGGCCGAAAAAGGAAAUCGAACUGCCUGGGCACUGAUGAGGACUCCCAGGACAGCUCGGACGGCAUCCCUUCAGCCCCACGCAUGACUGGCAGCCUGGUGUCCGACCGGAGCCACGACGACAUCGUGACCCGCAUGAAGAACAUUGAGUGCAUCGAGUUGGGCCGGCACCGCCUCAAGCCCUGGUACUUCUCUCCGUACCCGCAGGAGCUCACCACGCUGCCUGUGCUCUACCUCUGCGAGUUCUGCCUCAAGUAUGGCCGGAGCCUCAAGUGUCUGCAACGGCACUUGACCAAGUGUGACCUGCGGCAUCCCCCUGGCAACGAGAUCUACCGCAAAGGCACAAUCUCCUUCUUUGAGAUCGAUGGGCGAAAGAACAAGAGUUACUCCCAGAACCUGUGCCUUCUGGCCAAGUGCUUCCUCGACCACAAGACGCUCUAUUACGACACCGACCCCUUCCUCUUCUAUGUCAUGACCGAGUAUGACUGCAAGGGCUUUCACAUCGUGGGCUACUUCUCCAAGGAGAAGGAAUCCACGGAGGACUACAACGUGGCCUGUAUCCUGACGCUGCCCCCAUACCAGCGCCGGGGCUACGGCAAGCUGCUCAUCGAGUUCAGCUAUGAACUCUCCAAAGUGGAAGGGAAAACGGGGACCCCCGAAAAGCCCCUCUCGGAUCUCGGCCUGCUCUCCUACCGCAGCUACUGGUCCCAGACCAUCCUGGAGAUCCUCAUGGGGCUGAAGUCGGAGAGUGGGGAAAGGCCUCAGAUCACCAUCAAUGAGAUCAGCGAGAUUACCAGCAUCAAGAAGGAAGACGUGAUUUCCACACUGCAGUACCUCAACCUCAUCAACUACUACAAGGGCCAGUACAUCCUCACGCUGUCCGAGGACAUUGUGGAUGGGCACGAACGAGCUAUGCUCAAGCGUCUCCUUCGAAUCGACUCGAAGUGUCUACAUUUCACGCCCAAGGACUGGAGCAAGAGGGGGAAGUGGUAACAGGCACUGCCCGUGCCAUGCCAAGGUGGCAGACCGGGGCUGGGAGCCCCCCGAAGAGGCACGCCGAGAGAUGGGGCUGAGGAUGGCUGCGAGGAGAGGACAGGCCUGGGCGGGGCUGGCUGGUGUCCAGCACCCAGAGAAACGAGGGGCUCAGUCCACUUCGGGGCAGCUGGCGGCAGGCUCGGGCCUGCGGGAGCCGGGACGGGAACCCGGGCAGCUGUGUACAGACUCGACACGGGCGCUCUGCAGAGCGGUGGCCGCAAGAUUCCUUUUGUAAACUGCGUGGGGCGGGGUGGGAACUGGGGCAAAAGUCUGGCCUCUCUUACCCCAUCUCCCCAGCAAUAAACU